GUCUUCAGAGCUGUCAAUUACUUCAGGCUUCAAUAGCCUCGGAAAAAAUUAUUUUUAUUGAAUAAAUUAUAUCUCCUCUUCAACCCCCAAAAAAAAUCUUCAAAACAAAAAAAAAUCCAUUGACCUUCACUCAGCCGCCCCGAAGUUAUUCAAUAUUCCAGAAUGGUAUCGAACAUGGAGCGUGAUGGGACCUGUGACAGAACCUGAAUUAUAUCAGGAACUAGAGAUCAGAGGUGAAUAAUGAGAGGAAUAAUCAACUGCUGAGGAUUUUUCCGGAUUAAAAAGACCUCUGGAACUGGAACUGGAAGAGGAACAGGAAUUAUAGAAAAUAUUUUACUGAAAAAUUAUCAGGAACAUGGAGCCGGUACAAUCGAAGGAGGAGGACGAUCUCAUCACACCCUGGAGUGUCCAAAGUAAAAAUGAAACUGGAAUCGAUUACGAUAAACUAAUCAAAAAAUUCGGGAGUUCCAGGAUCGACGACGACCUCCUGGAGCGUUUCGAACGCGUAACAGGAAAACGUCCGCACCACUUCCUGCGUCGAGGUAUUUUUUUCUCCCACAGGGACAUGCACACAGCCCUAAACCUGUACGAGCAGAAGAAGCCAUUCUACCUGUACACAGGUCGUGGCCCAAGCUCCGAGGCCAUGCACCUGGGACACCUGAUCUCCUUCCUCUUCUGCAAGUGGCUGCAGGACGUUUUCGACGUGCCCCUCGUGAUCCAGCUGACAGACGACGAGAAAGCAAUCUGGAAGGACCUGGACAUAGACGUGGCGAUAAAACUCGCCCACGAAAAUGCCAAGGAUAUAAUCGCCUGCGACUUUAAUCCCAACAAGACCUUCAUAUUCUCCAACCUGGAGCACAUCGGGAGUAAUCCAGAAUUUUACAAGAACAUGAUAAGAAUCCAGAAGAGGGUGACCUUCAAUCAGGUGAAAGGAAUCUUUGGGUUUGGUGAUAGUGAUCCAAUUGGAAAGAUAUCGUUCCCACCGACGCAGGCAGCACCGGCUCUCUCCACGACGUUUCCCUUCAUCUUCAAGGGUGCCAGGGUCCAGUGUCUCAUACCUUGUGGCAUCGAUCAGGAUCCUUACUUCAGGAUGACGAGGGAUAUUGCACCCAAACUUGGAUUACCAAAACCUGCGCUCCUCCACUCCAUCUUCUUCCCAGCUCUUCAGGGCCCCAGGACAAAAAUGUCAGCUAGUGAUGUCAAUUCAGCGAUAUUUCUCACUGAUUCACCGGAGCAGAUCAAGAAGAAGGUGAACAAGUAUGCGUUCUCUGGGGGACACUCAACUGUCGAGGAGCACAGGAGACUGGGGGGCAACUGCGACGUUGAUACCUCUUAUCAGUGGCUCGGGUUCUUCCUUGAUGAUGAUGACAGGCUUGAGACAAUCAGGAAGACGUACACAAGUGGUGAACUGCUGACUGGUGAACUCAAGAAGGAGCUCAUCGAUGUUCUCCAGAAACUAGUGGCUGGCCACCAGCUGAGGAGAAAGGAAGCGACCGACGAAGUCGUCAAGGCGUACAUGGUGCCUCGUGAUCUAGGAUUCGUUACCAAUAAUUAAAUAAAUAGGAACAAAUGCGUUAA